ACUCAUUAUGACAGCACUACUUUCUUCUACUUCGUGGCUGAAAAGCGUCAGCUCAAAACAGAAGAAGCAGAACUUGAACCUGUAUGCUGCUGAAUAAUGUUCAACAGCAAUGGCUACUUACAACACGCUGCAGGACCGGAUCAGAGUAGCCAAGGAGCUGCUUGAGCGAGUGGACAAGAUUUGCAGUCGACAAGGCCGUGAGGUUGAGGGACGUGCUAAACUGUGCAGUAAGCUGCGGGCUGAGCUCAAAUUCCUCCAGAAGGUAGAGGCCGGCAAGGUUGUGAUCAAGGAGUCCCACCUGCAAAGUACCAAUCUCACUCAUCUGAGGGCCAUCGUCGAAUCAGCCGAGAAUCUAGAAAAUGUGGUGAGUGUCCUGCACGUGUUCUCCUACGAGGGACCUGAUGGCCAGAAGCAGACGUUGGUGGUUGACGUGGUGGCGAAUGGCGGACACACUUGGGUGAAAGCCAUCGGCCGCAAGGCGGAGGCACUGCACAACAUCUGGCAAGGUCGUGGCCAGUAUGGGGAUAAAAGCGUUAUACGACAAGCAGAAGAUUUCCUGGAGGCCAGUCGGCAGCAGCCUGUGCAGUACAGCAACCCUCACAUUAUAUUUGCCUUCUACAAUGGGGUCUCCAGUCCUAUGGCAGACAGGCUCAAAGAGAUGGGCAUAUCUGUGAGAGGUGACAUUGUUGCUGUUAAUACAAUGAUCGGAGUUGGAGAAGAGGAAGAGGAUGAAGACAGUGAAGACAAACCUGGUUGUGUGGAAGAGGAACAGGAGGGAGAGAAUGAAGCUUUAGUUGAGGAAGAAGAGGAAGUUGAUGACGACGACGACAGUGAUGACACAGAGCUUAUGCACACCCGUGUUGAUCGAGACACCAUUGUGGCCAGCCUUGCCUUCCCCACUGAAGUGAAGGUGGACGUGUGCAACAGGGUGAACCUUGACAUCACCACUUUGAUCACGUAUGUGUCGUCCCUCAGCCACGGCAACUGUCACUUCACUUUUAAGGAAGUGGUGCUGACUGAACAGGCCGCUCAGGAACGCCAAGAGAAGGUCCUGCCCCAGCUGGAGGAGUUCAUGAAGGGAAAAGAGCUGUUUGCUUGUCAUUCCGCGGUUGAGGAUUUCCAGGUGAUCUUGGAUACGUUAGGAGGCCCAGGAGAAAAAUCCAGAGCCAAGGAGCUGCUGGCCAGGCUUAAAGUAGUUCCGGAUCAGCCCUCUGAGCGCACCAAACGCUUAGUUACGAGCUCAAAGGUGAAUCAUAGAUCACUGAUGAUCUUUGGGACAGGGGACACCUUGCAGGCCAUCACGAUGACUGCGAAUAGCGGAUUCGUUCGCGCUGCUGCUAACCAGGGUGUGCGAUACAGCGUGUUCAUCCACCAACCUCGUGCACUCACUGAGGGGAAAGAAUGGAGAGCAACUCCAAUAUGACUGACGGGCUGUAAAAGACUUAUGUCAGGAGGUUAUUGUAUAAGAUAUGGACAGUUAUUGGAUGAGAGAUGGCUAGAGUUAUUUAUCAUUCUUAAAGCCAGACAUUCAUGAGAGGCACUACUGUAUAGACACAAAUAAAUUGUAUGGCUGGUUGGAUACAGACACUCAGCAAUCUUUAUGUAAACUCAGUGAGCUUAGUGCCUCAAAUGUAAUUCAAUGCAAAGCCAGCAGAGAUGUCAAAUUAACCAAAUGUAUGAUUAUAUCAAAAAUAUAGUGUCAAAACAGUGUUUAAACAGAGGCGUAUACUUUUUUUUCAAAGCUCUCGUCUACAUGCCUCAGGGUUUUAUUAUUAUUAUUAUUUCAAUUUCUUUUCACAAACCUGAUCAUCUGGUGACAUAAAUUGUCAUAAGAGUACUAAAUAAACUCUUCAAAUGA